AUGUCAUCCGCACAAAGUCUACGUCAAUUAUUAGGCGAACAAGCCUCAACAGCCAGUAUCAACGAUUCGACAUUGAUCAUCAUCGAUGCUCAAAACGAAUAUAUAAACGGAUCCCUCGCGACCACAAACAUUGAGAAUACUAGAAAAGGGGUAUCAACCGUUUUAGAGAAAUAUCGAGACGGUAACAAUCAACAUGGUGGACGAAAUAUUAUACAUGUCUUACACAAGACACCUGAAGGAGCACCAAUCUUUACACCCAACACACCUCUUUUCGAUGAAUUCGACGAGUUGAAACCUGUAGAAGGAGGAAACGAAAAGACUAUAUUGAAAGGACAACCAAGUUCGUUUGCAGGUACAGAACUUGAAGAAUACUUGAAAAGUUUAGGUGACGCUGGGAAGAAAGUCGUCUUGACUGGUUAUAUGGCUCAUGUUUGCGUUAGUACUACAGCUAGAAAAGCGGACGAAUUGGGUUUGGAAGUUAUCAUUGUUGAAGAUGCUGUAGGUGAUCGAGAUAUCCCAGGUGUAUCAGGGGAAGAUCUCACAAGGGUAGCAUUGGCGGAAUUGGGGGACGCUUUCGGAACAAUCGUAGAUAGCAAGAGCAUCAAAGUCGAUUAA